AUGCUAGAACCGCCUCAGAGAUCCAGUUUGUGGCGUGUACGACCUUGGAAAAAGGAUAAAACGAUUCCUAAAAAUUUGGAGGAUUAUGGUUUGAAUUGUGGUGGAUUCUGGCGACUGCAUGGAAUUAACAAAGGCCAGUGUGGCGUCUGUGGGGAUCCGUAUGAUGCUGUUUCCCGUCAAAACGAGCCUGGCGGGAAAUAUGCAAAUGGUAUAAUAGUGCGCAGAUACAGACAACACCGGAAGUUUAUAAAUGUAACACUCGAUAUUACUUCAAAUAUUGGUGGCCAUUUUGAAUUUCGAUUAUGUCCGCAUAAUAAUGUGACUAAAGUUGUUACUCAGGAAUGUUUAGACAGGAAUAGAUUAACAAUAGAAGGUCACGGACUUAAGUUUAUUCCAACAGAUGAAAGAAAGUACAAGUUAGCAUUAUUAAUGCCAGAUGACGUGACGUGUAAGCAGUGCGUGCUUCAGUGGAAAUGGCGUGGAGCAUACAAUUGGGGGAGAUGUGACGAUGGAUAUCAAGAUGUCGGAUGUGGAAACCAAGAAGAAUAUUACAACUGCGCCGAUAUAGCAAUUCUUCCGUCAAAGAGAGGGAAACCUUCUAAAACACCGAAACCUGUAAAAACAAUCGAUGAACCGACUGAACACUGGAAUACAAUAAUAAAUAAAGAUAUUGUAAGGGAUAAAAUAAAAACUACACAACCUUCUAAAGAUGUCAAAACAAUAACAAUGAGCAAAGAUGUAAAUGACAUUAAAACCAUAGAUAAUAUUCUAGACCAAUCAAACAUCGUUCCCUCCAACAAUACGGAGGAUGUCGCGUCGGGAAUACCUGUUUAUUUGCACAAACCGGAAGUUAGCACUAUUCUUCCACCUAUAGAUGUUACAAUGAUUCCUACUAUGGUUCCCACUUUACAAGAUACAAUUCAUACUGAUUUAGGAAAACCAGAACCCGCCCUUCCGCCUAUUUUCGUAGGCAAUUUGAAUGAUAUUACUAAAGGUGUAAUAUCUGAGCCACUUUUACCGGAAAUAAAGAGCAAUAUUUUUGACAUCACAUCCCCAAAUGGAAUAUCUGGUGUGAACCAAGACUUGGUUCAGUCCCCUGGUAACAACAUCUUCAACAGAGCACAAUGGAUAGCAGGUACUUUAUCGCCGCCUGCUUCCGGCUUAGAAUUAUUGAAUGCUUCCGGUGGUGGUAAAGCGACGCUUUUACAUUCUGCUAAUACUAAUCAAUCAAUGUUUACAAUGCAUAAUAAAACUGUGCUAAAUGCUACUGAAAACGCCCUUGGAAUUCCCGUGACUAUGGAAGAUACUACACUUGACCCUUUAAGUAUCAACAGAAACAUGAAUAUGCUGCGAGACAUGUUUUAUGGUGCUAUGGCUGCUGGUGGCGAUGUAGAUUUAGAUACUCUUUUGCCGCUCCAGUUUUUCCCUUUUGAUGUAUUUGCACGUAAUACUCAGUCGUUUGGAGAUCUAACAGACCAGUUUUUACAAAGUGUGUAUGCUCUUAACAGACAGAAGCAAGCAAAUGCUUCUAAUGAGAUGAAAAAUAACGAAUUGAAUAUGGAGCAAACAAAUGUUAACUCUGAUACUUCUAAAGUCAGAAUUGAAAACAGUCCUGUAACACCAAAAUCAUCAUCCACAAUGGUAAAAGUUUCUGAUACAUUAACCGGCAUGGUUAAGCCAAACAACUCUGUAUCACCAUUAAAAGACAUUACUAUGCGAAAAGAAAUCACGACAGUUAAUAUUCCAGUCUUAAACCGGCAGCUAAUUGACCCUCCUAUGACCAAAUCUAGAAGCAUUAACGGCAUGUCUUCAACAACGACAAGUCCUGUAAUAAACCAGCAGCUAAUUAACCCUCCUAUGACCAAAAAUAGGAGUAUUAAUGGUAUUUCUUUAUCAACGACAAGUCCAGUAAUAAACCAACAGCUGAUUAACCGUCCAACGACUGAAGGUCAGAUUAUAGAUUUCAUGCCACAAACGACAACCAAUGCAUGGCAUGAAGUUCUAUCUAGAAUGAACACUUUACUAAAUAAUCUUAACAGUCAAUUGGAUACAAUGGUAUAUGAUCCAAACGGACAAGGUGGUACUCGAAAUAUCAAUCACUUGACGAAUGAUGUGCACCUUAAAACACCCGUUGGGUUAACAGGAGAAAUAAACAACCAGUCUAAUAGAGGAACCGGAAUUCCAAUAGCCUUACCACUUGUUAGCGGUAAUGGGCCAGGUUUAGUGGCUCAAAAUGCUUUUCACAAAGAUGGCAUGGUUGUUUCCGAUGUAGGUAGUUUACUUAUGCAAAACCCCGGAGUCCUAUAUGUCGAACGUCCUUCAAUAGAUAUUGCCUCGUCUUGGGAUAAGUUGUCACAAGUGCCACUAGGAUUUUUAGAUAAUACAAUAAAUCAGAAUAUAAAUGCUCAGGAAAACAAUUUUACCGGAAGUCGAUUACAGGGAAAUAAACCAAUAGUUAUUUCAGAUCCAAAAACAAAAUUUUCGUUCAAGAAAUUAGAUGCCAGAAAUGUCGAUGUCCUAGGAAUAGCAGUUGAUGCUCCAACGGUUGCCAAUGAGAAUUCGAUUAUAAGCCAACCGAAGAUAAGCGUAUUGAAUUCACCAGAAAUAUUUCGAAAACAGAAUUUUGUUUUCAGUGAACCUAGGAAUCAACCAUUAUCAGAUGUUACUUUGCCUAAAUUAAACAAAAGAAACGCAGAAGAAUCAUUUCAUAACUCGAACAAUGUUCCAGUGAAUAUUAAAAUAGUCGGAAACACAGGUUCUCAAGAUAAAAUUGUUAAUGCACGAAUUCUGGACAGAUUGCUAAAAGGAUUAAACAGUGGUAUUAGUAUUUCUAACACAGCUCAGAAUAGAUUAGAAGUAAAUGAGAAUGCGCCUGACAUUACAACUUCAGUAAAAGCUGAGAACAAUAUUAAUUCAAUUGGAACUGGAACUAACCCUUUGAAAUUGAUGUCUAAAAAGAGGCAAUCGAACAGCGUAAAUGUCUGGACCCAAUUUAAAAGUUUAAUUCCAACUGAAAUAUCAAAUUCUAUUAAUUCAUUGUUUAAUCGUACACAGAAUAAUGGCAAAUCAAAACAAUUUAAUGUUUGGAAUCAGUUCAAGCAAGAAAAACAACAAAUAGCACCUACUGUACAAACUACAAACUCCAUGGAUACAGCGUUUAAUUCAAUCAUGAACAAUGGCUUAUGGGUUUAUCCUAAAUCCACUCCGAUAAAAAGAACAACUCAAGGGCCAAUUUUAGGUGGGGCGACGAACAGCAUGUUAGAUCUCAUGGCAGGUUUAUGGAACUCUCAAACCACCGCUUAUCCUUUGUAUCAGGGAAAUACAAUUGUUUGAUUUGUUAUACCCUUUGUGAGAAUUAACGUUAUUUUCAUUUUACUAUUUCAUUUAACAUCAAAAGUAUUCCAGUCGCAUAGCUUAUGCAAGUGUUUUCUUUCUCUUUGUAGGAGCUCUAUAAAAAAGGUAAAAUGAGCAAACUUUUAUUUUGUUUUCUUUUAAUUAUUGCAAUCAAUCUUUUAAGUCCUUAGAAAAUAGUUUGAAUACUAUUGUCAUAGGCAGAAUGAUUAUCUAAUUUAAAAAACAAUUUUUUUUUAUAGCAGGCUGUAUCAUAAUAAACAAUUGAAAUAAGUAUUACAAAACAUUUGACAUAAAAAACGGAUCCCCUAUGAAUUUGUUGAUUGUGUGUAAAACUACGAUAUAUGACUUUUUGUAUUCAGACAUUUACUGAUCAUUUUUUAUAUUAAAAGAUAACAUUCA